AUGUUACCGAAACAACCAUAUGUCAUCAACCGGCCCCUAUACCACCAUGAGGAGAGCCCCGAUGGCCAGAUGCGAGCCAUAGUAAUAUUACCCAGUGUCCUCCACCCGUACCUGCAAGAAACAAAAAGCUUACAGUGGUGGCCUAGCAGGAAGCUAGCGAAUGCCGACGCUGCACUGCAAGCAUACAAGGCCCUACUGGCGGCAGGCCUGGUAAAUGACUAUCUACUGCCGACAAAUCCCAGCAAAAUUUUCAAUCCGGGCUUGUCUGCUUCGAAGGCCAUUCAUAUUGUACUUGAGCCAGUCAAUCCUUGGGCUAAGUUGGCUGCUCGAUGGAAUACCCGUGACUUAGCCUUGUACUCCCACCUCACGCACCUGAUCCUCCAGUCUGUACAUGGGCACUUGCUAAAACCUGAACUUCGCCUGGAUUUCGUGGCGCUUUUUGUCCCAGAUGCUGCGCCAGCUGCGAUCGAAACAUUCUUGGAGGCAAACACUGGCAGGCUUCGCCAAGAUGAUGCUUUAAAGACUGCAGAACGCACAAGGCCACCAGGACUUCUUCGUGGUCCAAAAUUGUCUCUCUUCCCGUGGAUCAUGGAUUCCUGGCCUUCGGGUCCCUCAUACAGCACUGAAGACCUCCGGGGAGGAGUGCAGCCGCUGCCACGACGGCGAAACUUUCUUCCUCCCUGCCCGUCCAGAGCAUUAAAGCUGGGAUAUUCGGCGCCAAGCCACGAAGCACAAAAUAAGUGUUUUGAGGACCAGCAUCUCACUAUGGAUCGGCUGCCUUUUACAUGGGCGCAGGCCGCUCUCUAUAUCCCUAGUAUUACCCAUGAGAUUAGUGUCUGUAUGGUCGCUGAACACCUGCAGGAGAAAUUGUUAUUGGACGUGACGUUCCGCAGUUUGGAUCUCCUUUCACUGGCCAUUCGACCAACCUGCUCUGAGAGGCCUGCUCGAUUCUGGUCUCUGGCUUUUAUGGGGGCAACGUUUCCGGAAUAUAUCAUCAACUGA